AUGUCCUCAAACACCGCCGGUCCGUCCGAUCUUCCCUUCAACCCUCGCCCUCCCCCUUUGAAACGUGGUGACGCCUGCCUCUACUGCCGCAAGCGCCGCAUUAGAUGCUCGGCCGCCAAGCCCAGCUGCCACCACUGCACCAAGCUCAAGCGCGAGUGCAUCUACGACUCUGGCAAGCCUACCAGCCGCGUCCGCAAGCUCGAAGACAAGGUGGCAGAGCUCGAGGGCUACCUUCGCGCCGCACACGCUGCCAACGAACAGCAACACCCCGGCGGUGGCAUGCCUGUUCACGCGUCUCCACAUGCGCCAAUGCACGCGACACUGCCGCACAGCGACGGCAUCGCCCCCGGAACUGUGCACGGUCUUGCCGGCACGCCAUACAUGUACCCGCCGGGCCCUGCUCGCGACGGCAUGGUCGCCGCGUCCAUGGGAGAUCCAAGCAUGCCUGGCAUGCCUGGAAUGACUCCCCGCAUGUCCUACGCAGAGACGCCUUCAUCGCACUACCCUCUGCCAAUGGUCAGCACGGUCGGCUCCGUCGUCGUUCCCGGACACCACCACUACCGACCGCCACCUCAGGCGCUGCAGGGCCACACUGCCAUCUCACCGCCUGCCACUACGCACGCCCCGAUCCGUUCCACAACUCCCUCCCGUCCCGGCAGCGUCGACGCGUUCCCCAUCGACCCAGCACUUGGCAUCGCCGAAUCGUCGUCGUCUGGCCCGUCCAGUGCAUCACAAUUUCAGAACGCGUCGGUAUCCAGCCAACAGCAACUCCAGCAGCAGCAACAGCAGCAAAUGAUGCCCCGCGUCGCUGUGGCACCGUGGCAGGCCCAAUUUUACCCUGGAAAUCUCCAUGCCCCCGAAAUCUCCCCCUCCCACAUCGGCCAGGCAUCGCGUCCCCAACCACUUCAGGUCCAGACCCACCACGUAAUGCACCAGGGAACAAUGCCCGUCUCUCACGGCAACAUGGAGCUUCACGUUCCUCUUCCAUCGCCGUCUACUACGUCGGGGAUACCCACUCCGCCUGAUGCAUCGAGAUUUCAACCGUACGUCGUCGAUGCAGACCGCGCCUCGUCGGAGCCAACCCUCACGUCUGAACUUGGACCUGGUGCGGGUGAGUGGGACCCAAAGGCUUUCCUUAUGGGAUCGCCUGAGCUUGUGGGUGUUGGCUGGCUCGAUGCCAACGACCUCUCCCCACAAGCCAGGGACCAACUUCUCGACCACUAUUUCCUAGACGAUGAGCGGACCAACACAAUUGUGCCUGCCUUUGGGGACAUCUAAGGCAGAGGCAGCGACACAAGUGCCCGCGUUCGGCAGCGGCCCGACGACCUCUCGCCCCAGUUUUCACACAUCCAGGUCCCUCUCAACGAACCUCCUGCAACUUCCCGGCAAAGGCGUCGCAACGCGCGCGCGUUUGCGACGGGAAACGGGCGGUUACCAC